UCAUUGCAUGCGUACACUGUUUGGUCGUACGACGAAACUGUCUCGUGAUUUAUAUGUCUUUAAAUUCAGUUGCGUGUGGUUUUUCAUGGAAAUGUUCUCUGAAAUGUUUUAUUUUAAUAUUGUUACUACAUGUCCUAGAUGGUAUAGUUUCUAGAUCCAAUACAAGGUCAUUUGGUAACCAGUUUAGACUGUUUCUUAUGUAAGAAUAUGACGUAAACUUGCAUAUAAAGGACGUUAUAGAAGAAAUUUUAUGAACCCACAGCGACAAGAUAGAUCUGAUGUAAUAUGUGUUUUAAGGAAAUCAAAAUUAAGGAAUGUAACUGAACAACUAAAUUGCGUUAUCAUAAUAUGUAUAAGUUUCCUGGGACAAACUUGUCCAAAGACAAACACUCGCAAAAUUUCUUACUUGUGAAUGGCAUUUAUAUAUAUAUGUCUGUGGAUGGGACGGAUCUUAAAUGCGUAAUGUUGAUUAUUUACUUGAUCUCAUGAAUUUUAGAAAUGUUGAACAUUACAAGUUUGCAAUAUGUGCAAAAGUUAUACUAUUAGCAACCCCCUUCAAAGAUAUUCUACAUUUGUCAAUUGGCCUUUUGAUGAAAGCGAGAAAAAGACCCUUGCAGAUGCCGGAUUUGUCUACACUGGAAAGGAAGAUAUACUCAAAUGCGAAACAUGCGACAAGACUACGCGUUAUCAUCACUGGAAGGGGAAAAAGACGCCGAGUCAAGCACACAUAGACCUUAACCGCCAUUGCGAAUUCGCAAAAGAUACUUCAAAAGUAACCAGUCUGUACAAUCGACUACAUGGCCGUCCAAUGUAUCCGUAUUAUAAGGAAUAUCAUCAACGACUUUCAAGUUAUAGCUCUUGGAAGUUUGAGGCUAUUCAGUCAUCAAAAGGUCUUGCCGACGCUGGAUUUUUUUCAACAGGUGAACAAGACGAAACAAUAUGCUUCAGUUGUGGUCUUUGGCUUACAGAUUGGCAAAAUGACGAGAAGCCAUGGAUAGUUCAUGUUCGGUAUUUUUCGAAGUGUCCAUAUAUUAAAGAACAAAAAACACUAUGUUUUAUUAGAAACGUUCUGGAAGAUUGGCAGAAGAUUUAUAGACCAAUGCAUCUCAACUUUGAAGACGAAACAAAACGUGCAUCUUCGUUCAAUUUGUUUAAUGGGAGAAAUGUCUGCCUUUCACCAGAUAGUCUUGCCGAAGCUGGCUUCUUUCAAGAUGGAAACCGAUUCGUAGUCUGUCAUUAUUGUAACAUUAGACUUUUAACAUGGACAACAGACGUCAAUCCCUGGGAAAUGCAUGCCAGGUGGUCAGGUCGUGCACAAAGUGAGUGUCAAUAUUUGGUAAUAAGGAAGGGAAAGCACUUUGUAGACUCUGUCCUGAAAAAAUAUGUGGACGAACAAGAGAAGAUAAAGAAUAAAUAUGUGCAUGGAAGUGUGAAAAAUUACAAAGGAGGAAAAAGCAGAUGCACGUCAGAUAUAUGCGAUAGUCUUAAAGAUAAUGUUCCACUUCGAAAUGAAAGUGAAGUUUGUACAUAUAACGAUAUCCUUAAAGGCAAUUGCAUUACAUGUAAAAACGAAAAAGCAACUACUUUAUUUCUUAAAUGUGGCCAUAGAAUCACUUGUCACAAGUGUUCUCUUUCAUUUACCAAAUGUCCGUAUUGUGAAACCAAUGUUAAAAGUAGAAUUAUAACACAAUUAUAAAAUAUCCAAUCACCAACAGCGAACAUUUUUCUAUGAUUUUUAGUAUACACAAGUCUCUUUAUUCUGCAACUAUAUAACUGUUUUCAUAUGAUGAUAUUUAAAAUUUUAUCUAAAACCAUGUCGUCCUUAGAAUGAAAAGUGAAAAUCGAUAUCGAUCAAAGAUAUGAUGGAUAGAAAUCUUUUGAACUCGUUUCACAGUCGGGAAAUAAAGAUCUAAGACCAGGUAACUGAAAAAAUUAUGUUAACUAGAUAGAAAUGUUUGCAUUGGGUUUGAAUUUUUGUUGAUAUAACAAGUUUGGAAUACAAUUAUAUGAAACAGGAAACAUUUGGUGAAUCAAAUUUAGUUUCAUUGAUGGAAGAAGUUCAAGUGAAAGCUCAGGACCAAUUACGACAUGUACGACUUAACUGAAUUCUGAACUAAAUGUUGGAAAUGCAGAGAGACUUUUUAUUUCAGUCGCUGUAUAUCUUGAUUGUGCCAUAAAAAAUAAUGACACUACACGAAAGGUAAGUGCGCUAUACAGUUAAAAGAUUAAAUUUCUAAAAAUAAAUUCUGGAAGCGUAAAAAAAAACCAAGUAGGAGAUUUAAGAGAAUUAAAAGGGAGAACAACCCAUAUCAGCCGACCACAAUGGUAUCUUUACAAUGAAAAAUCCAGUUGCUAUAAUUGUUUUGCCCAGUUUAUCUGUCUCUACUCUUGAAGACGAUAUAUGCGUAUAGGAGAAUAUAUAAGCUGUAAGAAUCGACAAUUGUAAGGUUGUUGCCAUAACAAGAAUGAAGAGGUCAGAAAAUCUGUGUUUCCAAAUGACCAGACAAAUCUUAGUAACCAUCUUGCAGACUUUUCAGGAUAUGAGUUGCAGCAUAAAGAGUAAGUCAUGUAUAACUCCAAGGUAAAUUCAAGAAGGAGCAAGUCCAUAAAACAUGACAAAAUCAAACGCUCGACUUUUUCAACCAAUGGAACGAAUGGCAAAGAACUGUCACAAACUUGACUUUAUGAAGGCAUUUUCGGAAGAAAAUGGUGGGUUAAAACCAGAUUAAUAGCUAUCUUAACUCUCACUUGUAUGACUGUUUUUUUUUAUAGUUUAGUUAUAUUGACAAUAUUGGGUGAGCAACCCAAAAAGAAAUAAUUGGUUAACGUAACAAUAAUUGGGAUGGAGCAGCUAAAACUGUGUAAACAUACAUCACUGGCAUACAAAAACAACUGAUUUAAAGAUUCAAACAAACAUACAAAAUAAUCAGACAAUGAUGACAAGAAAAACAGAUUUUUGUAGUUGAUGGUACAUACUGUAUAGUUAAACAUAAUUUCAUACACAAUUCCCCAAAAAGUACACAAUAAUUGAAAUAUGAAUAUGGUAAACAAAAUGAAAGCAACGCUAUAAAAAUCUCAUUUUUCCGAGUCACGUCAAGCAUGUCAAGAGUCAUACGACCAGAAGGAACAUAAUAGUACAACAUGUACAAAGACAAAUACAGUGAAAACUGAAAAAAAAAAAUUAAAUGAUACUCAACGUUAGCACUUGAAAUCUAUACCUCAAGAUCGUACUGUAUGAUUUGUGAAGUAGAUAUUGAAUAUUUAUCUUUUAGGUCUUUUACGUUCCGAUGAACUUUAACAAAAGGAAAAGACGUUCUUUGAAGAAACUCUGGCUCAUCAUUGUUUGCCCAGUCACCGAUGACGUUUUACAAAGUCUAAGUAGCAGCUGCAAGCUCUUGAAUAUGUUGAAUAUCGUAUGAGUUGAUAAAUGUAUACUCUGUAUGCGGUUGAUGUUGGACUAUUGCUGCUAAGAUGAGUUGGCAUAAACAGAAAUAAGCUCAUCUGACAACACCAACACUUCAUUUGAGGUUCCAAUAUAAACUUUAUUUGAUUGAUAUAAAUACGAAUUAUUAAGAUGUUUGCCAAACGUAAUCGAGACGGCAACCCAGCGAGAAAAGAUGGUCAGAUAGUCCAAAAAGGUCUUCAGUAAACCACUGACAAGUGCCUGCAUAGUUUGAUGUACUUUAAGGUAGAGAAGCUGUAAUCGAGACGGCAACACAACAAGACAAGCUAACAAAAAUAAUACAUCGAUGAUCAGAUGAUCCAAAAAGAUUUUCAGUGAACCACUGACAAGUGCAAACACAGUUUAACAGACUUUAAGAGAACAGUAUAACAAAAAUUAAAGAUUAAUCAAAGGUAACAAGAAAGAAGAUAGAAAGCAAGGUAUGGUGAACAACUUUAUGUGUAUAUGCUAGUUUUUACAUUGUAUAGAACAGCAUACCAUAUGUACCAGGAACAAUGACAGAAUAACGAUUUACAAUGUAAAUACAAUUAUAUAUACAUAACAAUGACACACUCUAAAGUGGGAUGUAAAAUACUAUUCAUAUUUUCAGACUGAAGCAGAAUUUGUUUGUAUAACAAAGCAGCAUUAUGUCAAUUUAAUGUAACUUCCUGUCCAGAUUUAUACAAUAAUUGAGCGUUCAUUACGACUCACCAUCCGCAUUUAUACCUGUCAAAGAUAAGGACCUACAAAUGUUUUUGUUUAUAACAUUUAUGUCAUUUCAAUUUGA